AAAUAGAUGAGCACACACAGACACCCACAUGGUCAUAAUAGAAAGGCUUAAAGGCUUAUUAUUCUGUUUUUUAUCCUCUUAAGUUUGUUGUGUAGUUAAUGUUUUUGUUUUUAUUUUCAUCGAUUUUGGGGAUUUUUUGAAUAAACUCCAAAAAUAAAGUCCGAGGUUAACACAAGUUUUAGAGAUCUAGAGCGCACCUGGCAAACUCUUGUUAGAAAACGAUCAAUAGAGUUGAAAAUCCAAUGGAAACUCAUUUAAAUGCAAACAUGUUUAUGUGCACUACAUCAUCACGCACAUACUUUUAAUCGAAACGAAAUAUAUUUCAUGGAAACACAAUUGUGGUAGGAAUAUAGCAUUUUGUUUGUAUGCGAAUUUUUGCAUAUUCGCGUGAAAAUACGUCGCCAAUUGGAUGGAAAUGUAGCUAGUGACACGCUCUGCAUGUUGCUUGGUAACCAAAUGGCGUUUGCUCAAACAGGGAAAACCUAAACACAUAAACCCUGCGUUUAGGGCAUGUUUUGCAAAUAUAUGUAACGAAAACAAAUGAUGACAUGCAUUAACUUACUGUUAUCUAUAUAUCAACGGGCAAGCGUUCUGUUUUGAACAGACACAUUUUGGGUAAGUUCUGUGCGUAACUGGAAUAGGUAGGUGGAUCAUCAUAGUGCGACGACUGUAGACAGUUCGUUUUCUGACGCAGUUGCUGGGCGAGUCACUUGUCUGUGUAUGCCUUUUGCUUGUGUGUAUUCUACGCUUAUCUGUGUCCUGUUUUGCUGCAUAGGGUCUCUGUCCAUUGUGACCGUUGCAUAACAACCGUUCUUUAAUGUUCUUUGUAUUUACCCAUUUCGGUCACAGGCACAGGUCCAGUUCAUAAGCAUGGAGAAGAACACUUACAAUUACGCAAUAGAAACUGCCCCUUCGUCCCCCCCAGUGGAGGAUAUGAUGGAGCUGGACGGCCGGCAGCAGAGAGUCUACCACAGGGCUGCCAGGAUGAUACAGAGGACAUGGAGGAGACAUGUGGAUACACGCGUGUUCCAGUACUUCAAGAACCUUGUGAGGUUCCGUAACCAGGGAGACCCUCGACUCCUGCUCAAAAAUGUCAACCCCAGAGAGGCAAAUAUUCUGGAUGCUGCUGCAGGAGUCCACAUCAGAUUCAGACUGGGAGGGACCACCUUUCCACCGAGCAUCUACUAUACAGAUCUACACCCAUCGACCCAUGUGGACAUGUGUGCAACAGCCCCAAGGACUACACCCACCCAGGCAAGAAGCCCGUCCCCAGGCAGAUACACGGGAGGACCGGUGCGGGACGACCAUGCUGGCUGGUACCACGCAAAAUCAUUUGAGGAAGCGCUGUGCACUCUCUCUGUAUUGGUUCAGGCUGCUCUGUUAGGUGACAUCAUCACGUUGGAGACCAAUGGCAGGAAGGUGGUGGAGUUUCAUCAUUUCCAACUGCAGCGUCGUCAGGACGUGGACAGGAGGAAGAAGAGGAGGAAGAUUGAAUGGUUGAACAGAUCUGUUCCCUUCACCCUCACCUGUCCCUCUGCCUGUUCCACUCACCCACACCUGUCCUUUUACCUGUUCCUCUCACCCUUACCUGUCCUUCUACCAACUGUCCGAAGGUAUGACCGUGGCUGUCUGCAUGCACGUACAGAGCAUAGUGAGACAGCCACGCUGGUGGAGCGGUCAGCCCAGGGCAUGAUGGACGCCGUGGAGCAGCUGGGACCCAACCACAUCGUAGAGUGGGAGGUGGAUGAACUACUGGAGUGGACUAACGCUCUCAACUUUGACGAGUAUAUUAAUGACUGGAGGGUUGUAGGUACCAGCAAUUCCUCUGAGUCUUGGAAAGAUAAGAGGCUGGUACCUUCCAACCGGGAGCCUUGUGUUGAGUUCUCAGGGCUGGGGCAGGAAGACAGCCAGGUGGAUACCUACAGCAGUAUCCUCCACCCCCUGGUCUCCAGCCUCAUCAAGUCAGAACACUCCAAGGCCAAUCUCUUUGACUGACUGGCUGGCUGACUGCAUUGUAUCGCUGACCAGACCAGAAAAUUGCAAUACCAACCAUCAGACACUACUACUAUGACACUAUGCAGUGGGAUUAAAUGUGAUGAGCAAUAAAGCAAAGUGGUGAAUGUAACUAUGAUAAUACAUUAUAUGUUGUUGUA